CGUAAACAAAGUAUCGCGUUAUUAGGUAUGGAACUGAAGCAUGCAGGGAGCCAUGAAAAAUAGCGAGCCACAAACUCCUCUGGCCGAGGCGGCCAUUGUCGAUCAGGUUGAAACCCAGACGCUAGGGACACGGAUCAAACCAAAGAAGCCGUUCUCCUUCUAUAUGUUGAUUCUCUCCCUUUGGCUCGUGGUCAUAAUAACAUCAUGGGAUGCUACAUGCCUUGCUAUGGCGUUGCCGCCUCAAGGAACGGCCUCGAUAUCUAGGCGUGAUCGCCUUGGCUAUCGCCCUUGGAAGUAUAUCCGGACCUGUUUUAGGCGCUUUGUUCAGCGAACUUGUUAAUUGGAGAUGGAUUGGCUGGAUCAAUUUGCCUAUUAUAGGGGUUUCUUUCCUCCUCGCCUUCUUCUUCCUUCGCCUGCGUCCAAUUCAGAUGACACCCAAGGCUAAAAUCCGUCGACUAGAUUGGACUGACAUG